AUGGCAGAAAAGAGACUAUUGGCAAUGGAACGCAAAUUUAAGAAACAACCUGAAAUCAAAAAACGACACAUCGAAUUUAUGGAUGAUUAUGAAAAUCAAGAACACAUGGAGCCAAUUCCUACAGAAGAUCUACACACUACCAAGCCACCAUGUUAUCUGCCACAUCAUGCCGUCUUCAAGGAAAGCAGUACCACGAGCGACAUCAGAGUAAUAUAUGAUGGAUCAUCAGAAACUUCGUCUGGAGUAUCUUUAAUUGAUACACAACAUACUGGACCCACCGUACAAUGUGAUUUAUUCUCAAUUGUUAUACGAUUUCGGCAACAUAAAAUCGUAUUAUCAUCCGACAUAGCUCAAAUAAAGGAUUCAACAGAACCAAUUCAAGAUUAUCGAUUAACAACAGUCACAUAUGAAACAACGUCAGCGCCGUUUUUAGCAACAAGAACUUUACGACAAAUCGGCGAAGAGAAUAAGAAAAGAUUUCCAAUCAUGAGUGAAAUUAUCAUUAGGGAUUUUUACGUUGAUGAUCUUUUAACAGAAGGAGAAUCACUGGAAGAAAUUGUGACAAUAAAGAAUCAAUUAAAUAAACUAUUGUCAGAUUAUGGAUUCAAUCAAAAUUUACUAAACGAAAAAUAUUAUCAAGAAUUGCUCAGAUUUUUGAUAUAUUGGGUUACAAUUGAGCGUCGAGUUAUUGCAGAUAAUGCACGGAAUAUUCAACUUCACGGAUUUAGCGAUGAUUCAGAAACGGCAUAUAGAGCUUGUAUAUUCAUUCAAUCAACAGGAGCGGUGUUACUUGCACAACUAUUAGACUCGGUAUGUAGAGCGCUCACAGUAAAAUUGGAGAAUGAAUUCUUUUGGUCCGACUCAACAAUUGUUUUACAAUGGAUAAAAUCUCUUCCAAAUCAUUGGAAAACCUAUGUAGCCAAUAGCACAAGUGAAAUUCAAACUCUAACAAAUGGAAAUUGGAAUCAUGUUUCCUAUUCGGAUAACCCUGCUGACUUAAUGUCAAGAGGAAUAAAUCCAAUGGAUCUACAGGACAACAAACUUUGGUGGAAUGGACCCGAAUAUCUAUUACAAAAUGAAGAAUCGUGGACAAAUCAAGAAAAUGAACGUGUACUUGAAAUGCCAGAGGAAUGCAAGCGCGAGUGCACACUUCUUGUUAACACAGUAGUGAACUUUUCUUUACUGGAACGUAUUUUCAAAUUAACUUCUUUGAUUCAAGCCACUGCUUAUUGUAUGCGAUUUAUUAACAAUGCAAAAAAAGGGCCUAAGCUUUCAGGGUUUAAAUCCUUUCCUUGA